AUUGGAUAUUUAAUUUUGUUGUGAAUUGAUUGAUGUUUGUUUUCUGUGAAAUGUAUCAUGUCAUCUUUCUUUUUUGUAGGGUUAUCUUUUUCUAAUUAUAAUGCUUGUUUCCUAUUACUGAAUAAUUAUUUUUUUCAUUUUUUCUCAAAAUGGAGGAGUUUAAGGAAGCAAAUUUACUAGUAUUUGAUCAGAAGAUAAUUGUAAGUGGGUUAAAGAUGUUUCUAGUAGAGAGCAAAGGAGGGGCAAUAGCAUGUAUGCUCUUUUCAUUGCUGUUCUUGGGGACAUGGCCUGCUGUAUUAGCCUUCCUCGAAAGGCGAGGCCGGCUUCCUCAACAUACUUAUCUUGAUUACUCCAUAACCAAUCUCUUGGCUGCUGUGAUCAUUGCCCUUACUCUUGGUCAGAUGGGGGAUGACAAACCAGGAAUGCCUAAUUUCAUCACCCAACUUUAUCAGGAUAACUGGCCCUCAGUGUUAUUCGCAAUGGUUGGUGGAGUAGUCCUCAGUAUCGGAAAUCUGUCCACACAAUAUGCUUGGGCAUUAGUAGGUUUAUCAGUAGUAGAGGUGGUCUCUGCUAGCAUUACUGUUGUAAUAGGAACUACAUUAAACUAUUUUCUGGAUGACAAAAUUAACAAGGCUUACAUACUUUUCCCUGGUGUCGCGUGUUUUUUGAUUGCUGUCAUUUUGGGAUCACUUGUUCACUCAUCUAAUGCAUCAGAUAACAAGAAAAAGCUCAGUCAUUUGUCAAGUGGUUAUGAAGACAAAGUAGUGAAUAAGGGUGCUUCAAAGGAUCCUGAAAACGGAAAAGAAGUAAAGGUACCGGCACAGUUUGGCACUGCAGAAUAUCUCAUUGAAUUAGAGGAUAAGAGAUCCAUAAAGGUGUUUGAUAGGAGCAUUUGGCUUGGACUCGCUAUAACUUUCUUUUCCGGGAUCUGCUUCUCUCUAUUCUCUCCUGCUUUCAACCUAGCAACAAAUGACCAGUUCCAUCUCCUAAAGAAAGGAGUCCCUCAUUUGGUGGUUUACACUGCUUUCUUCUACUUCUCAGUCUGUUGUUUCGUGGUUGCCAUCGUUCUGAACAUCACAUUCCUAUACCAUCCUAUAUUGAACUUGCCCAAGUCAUCGAUUAAGGCCUACAUAGCAGACUCGAAAGGAAGAGGGUGGGCCUUACUUGCAGGGCUUCUCUGUGGUUUUGGGAAUGGUCUUCAGUUCAUGGGAGGUCAGGCUGCAGGCUAUGCUGCAGCUGAUGCAGUUCAGGCACUUCCUCUGGUUAGCACCUUUUGGGCUGUACUACUAUUCGGCGAGUACAGAAAAUCUUCAAGAAGAACAUAUAUAUUACUAGUUAGCAUGUUGUUGAUGUUCGUUGUAGCAGUUGGUAUCCUGAUGGCAUCUUCAGGACAUAGGAAAUGAUUUAUUUAGCUUCGAAGGAAUUUAGGUAUUAGGCAUUUUUAUACACAAAAGUGCUGAUUAAUGUUAUUGAACACUGUCUUAAACAUUUGGAUAAAUAAAAAUGUUAUAUAUUCUUUAUAAA